AUGGGUAUGAGCCAACCUCAUUGGUGGUCAAGCCGUCAGCGCCCAGAUCACGAUGCGCCACUGCCGCCACGAAAGAAACCAAUUGAGAGAUUGAGCAUUGUAAGAUACGACAGGAAGGGUAGUGGCAUCCUGCUACGUAGUACUGACAGAUAUUUACUGAAUAGCAGAUAUGAAAGGGGGGUACCAGCCAUUCAGCGCCCCAUGCCCAGUGGCCUGAGAAUCAUAUCUCUGGCGGUUCCCAUGGUCCCAGUGGUUGCUGGACUAAACCACACAGGUUCGCCUGUCGUGGGAAUGAUGGGCCAGAUAAUGCGGACCAGCCCCUUUUGCCGUGACCAAUGUGAUCUCUGCUUGACCCUAGUGGCUCUCUUUUCCCUAACCCCCCUUGGAUAUUGGGACUGUUCAACCCCUGGUUCCGCCCUGCUCAAUCUCGUGGUUCUCGUUUCCUGGCAGCGUCCCGAGCUAUUUUGUAUGAGGAGCCUCGCUACGGGCGGAGCUAACUUAGUAACUUACCAUGCCGUUUAUGAAGACCCCGGUUUGUUUGCUUUGCAACGAUUCGGGCUUUAG